AUGAACUCCUACUUCGCGGUGUACCAGAAUCCGGACGCCAAGGAUUUGAAGCAGAAAACUGGAUUGUCUAAAAUAGUGCUUCAGGUCUGGUUCCAGAACGCCCGCGCCAAAUGGCGUCGCAACAUAAUGCGGCAAGAAACCAACCCCACCCCCCACUCCAUCCAACCCCCCACACUCAUGCUGGAGCUGCAGACCCUGGACGAGAACGCCCACCAUCCUGUGCCCUUCACCGACAUGUACUAA